AUGAAUCAUUUUCAAGUGGAAGUUUAUAAAACCGCCAGAGAAAUGAAUCAUUUUCAAGUGGAAGUUUAUAAAACCGCCAGAGAAAUGAAUUAUUUCCAAAUGGAAGUUUAUAAAACCUCCAGAGAAAUGAAUCAUUUUCAAGUGGAAGUUUAUAAAACCGCCAGAGAAAUGAAUCGUUUUCAAGUGGAAGUUUAUAAAACCGACAGAGAAAUGAAUCAUUUUCAAGUGGAAGUUUAUAAAACCUCCAGAGAAAUGAAUUAUUUCCAAGUGGAAAGUGACACUGUGUCCCCAACUGGUGAUCAUAUAGGUGACACUGUGUCCCCAGCUGGUGAGCACCGAGGUGACACUGUGUCCCCAACUGGUGAUCACAUAGGUGACACUGUGUCCCAAGCUGGUGAUCAUAUAGGUGACACUGUGUCCCAAGCUGGUGAUCAUAUAGGUGACACUGUGUCCCCAGCUGGUGAUCAUAUAGGUGACACUGUGUCCCCAAAUGGUGAUCACAUAGGUGACACUGUGUCCCCAACUGGUGAUCGUAUAGGUGACACUGUGUCCCCAGCUGGUGAUCAUAUAGGUGACACCGUGUCCCCAACUGGUGAUCAUACAGGUGACACUGUGUCCCCAACUAGUGAUCACAUAGGUGACACUGUGUCCCCAACUAGUGAUCACAUAGGUGACACUGUGUCCCCAACUGGUGAUCAACGAGGUGACACUGUGUCCCCAGCUGGUGAUCAUAUAGCUGGUGAUCAUAUAGGUGACACUGUGUCCCAGGAUCAUAUAGGUGACACUGUGUCACCAACUGGUGAUCAUAUAGGUGACACUGUGUCCCCAGCUGGUGAUCAUGUAGGUGACACUGUGUCCCAGGAUCAUAUAGGUGACACUGUGUCCCAACUGGUGACACUGUGUCCAGCUGGUGAUCAUAUAGGUGACACUGUGUCCCAAAUGUUGGUGAUACAUAUAGGUGACACUGUGUCCCCAACUGGUAAUCAGAUAGGUGACACUGUGUCCCCAGCUGGUGAUCAUAUAGGUGACACUGUGUCCCCAGCUGGUGAUCAUAUAGGUGACACUGUGUCCCUAGCUGGUGAUCACAUAGGUGACACUGUGUCCCAGCUGAUAGGUGACACUGUGUCCCUAGCUGGUGAUCACAUAGGUGACACUGUGUCCCCAACUGGUGAUCAUAUAGGUGACACUGUGUCCCCAGCUGGUGAUCAUAUAGGUGACACUGUGUCCCAGGAUCAUAUAGGUGACACUGUGUCCAAGAUAGGUGACACUGUGUCCCCAGCUGGUGAUCAUAUAGGUGACACUGUGUCCCCAGCUGGUGAUCAUAUAGGUGACACUGUGUCCCUAGCUGGUGAUCACAUAGGUGACACUGUGUCCCAGCUGAUAGGUGACACUGUGUCCCUAGCUGGUGAUCACAUAGGUGACACUGUGUCCCCAACUGGUGAUCAUAUAGGUGACACUGUGUCCCCAGCUGGUGAUCACAUAGGUGACACUGUGUCCCCAGCUGGUGAUCAUAUAGGUGACACUGUGUCCCCAACUGGUGAUCACAUAGGUGACACUGUGUCCAAGUUGGUGAUCAACGAGGUGACACUGUAUCCAGCUGGUGAUCAUAUAGGUGACACUGUGUCACCAACUGGUGAUCAUAUAGGUGACACUGUGUCCCCAGCUGGUGAUCAUAUAGAUGACACUGUGUCCCCAGCUGGUGAUCAUAUAGGUGACACUGUGUCCCCAGCUGGUGAUCAAUGA